AUGGUUGUCGAUGCAGAUGGCGUGGCUCGUCCCGAUUCCCCUCAGCAGGGACGGGACGGAACAGGGUCUCCUUACCAGGCUAUCUCGAAGGACAGCGAUAGACAGCCAAAUGGCCAUGGCAAUGACGAGGAAAGUGCAUUACUUUCCCCUCCGACCGCAAAUGACGAGCGUGAAGUACACCUUUCGACUAGUGUCAGCACCAUUGUGGCCGUCUUACUACUCGGCGAAUUUAUCUCAAAUGCCGAUAGCACGUUAGUCAUGGCUGCGACGGCAAAGGUGUCGUCCGAAUUCAACAAGCUUCAAGAUGCCAGCUGGCUGUCAACGGGAUAUACUCUGGGCGUCUGUGCCGCGCAACCGAUGUACGGAAAGCUGAGCGAUAUAUAUGGACGGAAAGCGCUUCUGCUUGCGGCAUACGUUCUGUUUGGCUUGGGUUGCUUGGUCUCGGGCAUCGGUCGGGAUCUUUGGACGGUCAUCCUCGGCCGAGCAGUCAGUGGUAUCGGAGGUGCUGGUAUCAUGACCCUUGGCUCGGUCAUUAUCACCGACAUUGUGCCCCGACGUGAGGUCGCCUCGUGGAGAGCAUAUAUCAAUAUCGCCAUGACUUUGGGUCGAAGUCUCGGAGGCCCUGUCGGUGGAUGGCUGACGGACGCCAUCGGAUGGCGCUGGCUGUUCCUUCUCCAGAUCCCAUUCAUCGUCAUCGGUGGUCUUCUGGUGAUUGCCAAGUUGAACAUCACAUACCACGCCACAUCGAAAGCCUCUAUCCGCCGCGUUGACUUCCUGGGAGCGGGACUACUUGGAGUAUCUGUGGUGGCCAUCAUCAUGCUCCUUGAUCGAGGCGGCCAUGCCUUCCCGUGGAUCUCACUGCCUUCCUUCCUGUUGGGCGGUAUCGGCAUCGCAUCACUUCUGCUCUUCGUUUGGGCGGAACGCGUCGCAGCCGAGCCCAUCUUCGAUCUUCGGAUUCUUGCCCGACCAAACGUGGCAUCCAGCUAUAUGGUUGGGUUCCUUCAGAUCACCAGCCAGCUGGGCAUGCUCUUCUCCGUCCCGUUGUACUUCCAAGUCACACAACGCGCCUCCGCGACGGUUGCAGGCGGUCAUCUGGUGCCAGCCGUGGUCGGCAACACGAUCGGAGGUUUAGUAGCGGGCAAUUUCAUCCGUCGAACCGGCCGCUACAAGACAUUGCUAGUCAUGGGAGGGCUUGUCGCGGCACUUACUCAUGUUCUCAUGCUCCUCCGAUGGAACGGCCACACGAACGUGGGAGAAUCCCUGUAUAUCAUUCCCGGCGGUAUCGGCACAGGUAUCGCAUCGGCGUCUGCGUUCGUCGCUAUGACGGCUUUACUAGAGCCCCAGGACAUGGCAAUGGCGACGGGUGGAUAUAUGCUCGUCGUCAGUUUUGCCAUGACCAUGGGUAUCACCAUGACCAACACGGUUCUCGGACUCGGAUUCAAGCAUCAGCUAGAACAGAACCUGCACGGCAAGGGAGCGCAAAAGAUCAUUCGUCGCGCGACGUCGGAUACUAAUUAUAUUGCAAAACUUGAAGGAAAGAUCUGGGAGGUUGUGGUGGGCUGCUUUGUGGCGGGCUUGAAGAAUACUUACGUGAUCUGCCUCGUUUUCUCGAUCUUGGGCUCGUUGAUUGCAUUGACGAUCCGUCAUCAUCGUUUGUAG